GAGCCCUUGGGAAGGGCAUCUUUGUACACAAAGAAGAAUCUGAGAGGAGCCUUGCCUGUCUGAAACCUGUAGGCAUUUGAUAUGCUGAGUGCUGCUCACACGUCUCUGAUUUUCUAGCCUUGACCCUGACCCCCAGCUCCACAGAGUUGAGGCCAACAGCGAAGGCACCUGUCGUCCUCUGAUCCUGGGAGAGGGGGCUCCGGGAAACAGAGAGCAUGGGUGUCUGGACCUCAGGCACCGAUAUCUUCCCAAGUCUUUGGGGAAUGUACGUGUCUCCAAGAAGUCCUGGGUGGAUGAACUUCAUCCAACAUUUGGGAGUUUGCUGUUUCGUUGCUUUCAUUUCAGUGGGCCUCCUCUCUGUGGCCUUCUCCUGGUUUCUGUCCUCAUUUAUAGUCUUCGCCACCUCCUGGGUGAUCACGUGUGUUCUCCUGUGCUGCUCCAAGCACGUGCGAUGUUUCAUUCUUCUCUUCUUCCUCUCUUGUGGCCUGCGUGAAGGCAGGAAUGCUUUGAUGGCAGCUGGCACAGGCGUAGUAAUAUGUGGACACGUGGAAAAUAUCUUUCACAACUUUAAAGACCUCCUGGACAGUAUGACUUGCAACCUAAGAGCAAAGAGCUUUUCCGUACACUUUCCACUUUUGCAAAAGUAUAUCGAAGCGAUUCAGUGGCUUUACGGUCUGGCCACUCACCUAAGUCUAUUUGAUGACCUUAUUUCUUGGAACCAGACUCUGGCAGUCUCUCUUUCCAGUCCCAGCCAAUCCCUGGAGGCACAGCUAAAUGACACGAAAGGCAGAGUCCUGGGGGUCUUGUACCAGACGGUGACGGCGACAGAGCUGUUGUCCUCCCUGGGACGGCAGCUACUUGCCCUCGCAGGGCUUUUGCUGGUGCUACUCGGCACUGGCCUCUUCAUGAAGCGGUUUCUGGACCCUUGUGGUAGGAAGUUUGAAAACAUCUACAUCACAAGACAGUUUGUUCGGUUUGACGAGAGAGAGAGGCAUCAACAGAGACCCUGUGUCCUCCCGCUGAGUAAGAAGGAAAGGAAAAAGUACGUCGUCGUUCCGUCUUUCUGGCUGACUCCGAAAGAAAGGAAAAACGUGGGGCUGUUUUUCCUCCCCAUAUUUACUCACUUCUACAUCUGGAUGCUGUUUGCAGCCAUUGAUUUUCUGCUAUAUCAGCUCAUUUCCUCAGUGAGCAAACAUUUCCAAAGCUUGCCAGCACUGGAGCUUCACCUGAAGCUGCACAGGGAGGAGCAAGGAACUCAAAACAUCAUCCAUAAUUCCUCCUUUAACAUAUCUCUGUUUGAAUCCAACUGUAUCCCUAAACCGAAGCUCCUUCUGUCUAAGACCUGGAUUCCUCUCAGUAUUAUUCUGGGGAUACUAGUGAUGCUAGGACUGUUGUCUUCCUUCCUGAUGCAACUUAAAAUCUUGGUGUCAGCCUCCUUCUACCCAAGCGUGCAGAGGGAGCGCAUCCAACACCUACACAUGAAACUACUGAAGAAAAGAGCAAAGCAGCCAGUGGGAGAAGUGAAAAGGAAAUGGAAUCUGUACUUCACAAAGAUUCAUUUCUGGCUUCCAGUCCUGAAAAUGGUUAGGAAGAAACAAAUGGACACAGCAAGUGGAGACAAUCCAUGAGAGACCCAAGUAGCUCCCUGGUCAUAUUACACCAGCAAUUGUCCUUAGCUCUACUGUUGGUGGUCACUAUUUAUGCGCAACAGCAGAGAAUUAUGGUAUAUGCACAGUCCUUAAGGGGAUUAAGCUUUCAGGGCCAAACUACUUUUCUUUAUAAGGCCAAAGGGCUAUCAGGUAAAUGGUUAUGUCAUUUGUCUUCUAAACAAGGCACAUGAUCUAAACUGUGUCACAAUAUAACAGGACUAUAAAAUACCAAGUCCGUUGAGGGUAAGUUUCAUCAUAGAGUAAUAUUCCAAGAAAAAAAAAUUAGAAAAAAAUAAAAAACUCUACUGUAGGCUCACAAGCAAAUACCAAGGAUAACAUAAAUGUAUAAUACCAGUAAAAUAUCUUUAAACCCCUCUGUCCCUUCUCUGCCCUUCUCAAUAUCUUCCAUAGCUAUUCCAUACCCCCACAACUGUCUCUCUUCCCCCGGCCCCUUAUUCAUGAACUGUUUCCAAACCCUAUCUCUAGCAGCUCCUAAUUUCUUCUUACCACCACCUCUGCUCUUAUCCCUACUUUCCUGGAUCUCUUGUUUUUCCUUUUCUACCAAAUCUUCUAACCAUAUUUAUUUAGGGACAGCAUUUAUCAAAGUCAUAUGCAAUGUUUGUUAAAAUGCCCAUCUUGGGCCUCUUUUUUACUCAAUAUAUAAUAUAUAGUACAGGGGCCUAUUUCCCCUAUACUCUAAAUACCUAGGGAGGAGGGGAAAACCCUUGAAUACUGAUUCUAUUAUCUCUGAAGUCCUAGAAAGGGUAAGAAAUAAAGAAACAUUAAUGUCUUUUUAUUUUUUAACUUUCAUUUUCAAAAAUUUUUAGAGAUACAAAAAAGUUGCAAAAUAGAGCAGAGUUCCAUUUACUCUUCACCCAUCAUCCCCAAAUGUUAACAUCUUACAUAGGCAUAGCACAAUUAUCAAAACCAGGUAAAUAACAUUGAAAAAUGUAUAAUCUACAGAGUUUAUUGAAUUUUCAUCAGUUGUUCCACUAAUAGCCCUUUUCUGACCCUUGAUUCAAUUCAGGCUCACACAUUGCAUUCAACUGUCAUGGUUCCUUGGUCUGGUCCAACUAGGGAUCAUUUCUCAGUCUAUCUUUUUCUUUCAUGAUCUUGACACUUUUGAAGAAUACUGACCAGUUGUUUUGUAAAAUGUCCUUUGAUGUGGGAUUUUCUGAUGUUCCUUGUAAAUAAACCCAAAUAAUGUAUUUUUGGAAGAAUACUACAGAAGUGAUGAUGUGUUCUUCUCAGUGUGUGAUAUCAGGGGGCACAUGAUGUGACAUGUCUCAUAACUGGUGAGGUUACCUUUCAUCACUUAGUUAAGAUGGGUGUGCCAGAUUCUUCCACUAUUAAAAAGUUCCUAUUUUUCCCUUUGUAAUCAAUAAAUAUGUUGUGGGGAAAUACUUGGAGACUAUGAAAACAUCCUGUUUCUCAUCAUACUUUUCCCCUCUAAUUUUAGCAUCCGUGGAUGCAAAACCAUGAUGGCCAAACAAUGAUUAUCUUCUACAUUUCUUAAUUGGAAUUUCAUAUUAUCCCCAGAAAGAAACAUGUUCUCAAGGACUGAACUUUGAGAGUAGGUAUUUACACAUACUAUAUCAUUUAUGUUUCAUGACAACCCUGUGCGGUAGGUAUUAUUAUUUCCAUUUCGUAAGCGCAGAAAUCUUACCCUCAGAGACCCUGACUUAGCUGGCCUGGAGUGGAGCCUGGGUGCUGACAUGUUUAAAGCUCCUGGAUGAUUCUAAUGGGCAGCCAGGAUUGAAAACAACAAUUCCAGGAAGCUUUGCAGAAUUGCAGGUCUUUCAAUUCAGGUCUUCAAUGGUGAAAUCUCUCUAACAGAAGGAGCCUACACUAGAAAUGUGUCGGAUUCAGCAUGUUCCAAGGUGUGUGCCUCGGACCGCCAGUCCUUUAGUUGUUCCAUGAAACGAAUUACCGGAUGUUAGUAAAUCUAUACAAUCUGCCUUCCAAACUUGAAGAUUCAUAAAGUACAUUGGCAUAAUUUAAAAACUUUGAGAAACCGUAUAACGAAGAAAUGUCUUUUAAUCUUGUUUCACCCAGAAUUUCCCCAAAUUACUAAAUCAGGAAACAAUUUUAUCUGUAAUAACUAUUGUCAUCCCAUAGGACCAGUCCUACAGCCCAUACUCUGGCAAAUGCUGAUAUAAUUGGCAUGACUUUCAACC